GGGGGCGGCUUCUGCGCGCUGAUUGGUCAGCAUCGAGAGCGGCAACCGUACCCGCGGAAAACCCGCGCUGGGACCUGUGCCUGCAGUAUUGUUUUCUACAGCUGUUGGCUGUUGCUGAGGCAGCAUGGACCUCAGAGAGCUGGAGAGGGACAAUACGGGCCGCUGUCGCCUGAGCUCUCCUGUACCCGCCGUGUGCCUCAAAGAGCCAUGCGUCCUAGGAGUGGAUGAAGCGGGCCGGGGACCGGUGCUUGGCCCCAUGGUCUACGCCAUCUGUUACUGCCCCUUGUCCCGCCUGGCAAAUCUGGAGGCCCUGAAAGUGGCAGACUCAAAGACCUUGACAGAGAAUGAACGGGAGAGGCUGUUUGCGAAAAUGGAGGAGGACAGAGACUCUGUGGGUUGGGUUUUGGACAUUCUGUCUCCAAACCUGAUCUCUACCAGCAUGCUUGGGCGGGUCAAGUACAACCUCAACUCCCUGUCCCAUGAUACAGCUGCGGGGCUGAUACAGUAUGCGCUGGAUCAGGGUGUGAAAGUCACCCAGGUAUUUGUGGACACUGUAGGAAUGCCAGAGACAUACCAGGCUCGAUUGCAACAGCGCUUUCCAGGGAUGGAGGUGACAGUCAAGGCCAAAGCAGACUCCCUGUUCCCUGUGGUUAGUGCUGCAAGCAUCUUUGCCAAGGUGGCUCGAGACCAAGCUGUGAAGAAUUGGCAGUUUGUGGAGAGUUUACAGGAUCUGGAUUCUGAUUAUGGCUCUGGCUAUCCCAAUGAUCCCAAGACGAAAGCCUGGUUGAGGAAAAGUGUGGAUCCUGUGUUUGGCUUCCCCCAGUUUGUCCGGUUCAGCUGGAGCACUGCUCAAGCCAUUCUGGAAGAGGAGGCAGAAGGUGUCACAUGGGAGGACUCAGCGGCUGAGGAGGAUCCUGAGCGGCCUGGAAGGAUCACAUCCUACUUUCUCAGCCAGGGCCCUCAGAGCUGCCGCCCUCAGGUCCCCCACAGAUACUUCCAGGAGCGAGGCCUGGAGGCAGCCAACAGCCUCUAGAGGCAAAUGUGUGUACCCAACCCCUCUUACUCAGGAAUUAAAGCUGUUCAGGGAAAGGAAA